UUGGCUUAGAAUUGUUUAAUUACUGCUUAAUCUUACGCAUUAACCAACUCAUUAAAUUAAAUUUGGAGGAUUUCCCAGGCUUACAAAAAAGAAUUAGUUUUAUCUGCCACAUUGAUAACCUGUUACUUCAAAACAGAACGAUUAGAAAGUCCAACGUUGAUAAAAUUGACGACCACAAUUAUGCGUUUACCAUAAAUAUAACUAGCAAUUUCCGUUUUUAUCUAUAAACAUUCCAACGUCUUAUGAGUGACGGUGACACAAUGGUGGACAUCGUAUGUUACCGAGUGUUAGCGGUACUUCUAGUGUUGACAUUAUGUCAUUCGGCCAAGCUUCCUUGUGAUAAUGGCAAGGACCCAGAUGACGAUUCAAAAUCGAGCGGUUCUAGUAACGAUUUUGACCGCCUCAUUCUAGCACAACUCUGGCCUGUUACAGAAUGCAUCAACUGGAGGGCGAGAGAUCCAAAGAAUAUGUGUAAUUUGCCAAAAAACAAGAACGCCUUCACCGUACACGGUCUGUGGCCUUCGAAAUCUGGCACAUUAGGUCCUAAAUUUUGUAAAACAGACCUGCAAUACUCUCCCAACACUCUAAAUCCAAUCAUCACCGAUAUGAACGAAAGAUGGACCGACAUCCACGCUGUUAAAGGCAGGAGCACCUUUUGGGAGCACGAAUGGAAGAAACAUGGUACUUGCGCUCAAACCCUGAAGCCUUUGAAGGGGGUGCUCAACUAUUUCCAAGAAACUUUACGGCUUCAAAAUCAGUACGACAUUUCCCAAGCCUUGAGAGAUAGGAGGAUAACACCUGGUGGAUCUUACAAGUUAGGAGAUAUUUAUGAUGCCCUUAUCGCCAAAUUCAAAGCUACCCCCUGGAUAACCCUUAGCCUCAGCAAAUCGAAUGGUAAACAACUACUCAACGAGAUAAGACUAUGCUUCAACAAAGCCCUCAAACUCAUAGAUUGCAGGAGGAUUUGCAAUGAAAACCUGGAAGUUGACGUCCAUUUCUUGAAGGAAGUACCGUAGAUAGUUUUUGACAGACCACCCAAGCCAACCAAGUCAAUGGAAAUUACAGAAUUCUGUCUUUGACAGCUCUGCGGGGAUCUCUAACACUUACCGUAAACUCCCCAAUCUCAGAUAUUCUGUUAUCUACAACGUUUUGUUACUCUUCAAAAUAAAAAGUACCUGAAAUAGUA